CUUUCCUGUGCUUGAAUUAUUCCCAACUCUGUCCGACUUAAGUAUUAAACCAUGUGUUGUGCUGCAAACGUUUAACCCUAGCAUUCGGGAGGCAGAGUCAGGCAGAUCUGGAGUUGGAGACUAGCCUGGUCUGCACAACGAUGAAUCACGUCAGACACACUAAGGAAACGGUCUCAAAACAAGAGCGAAAACCAGUAAUGACCGCAGUUUAAAUGGCUCCCAUACGAAAACAUUUCACAGGCACGAUUCAUAACUGUCUCAUUAGUUUACUGUUUGGUUCAUUAAAAGGUAUUCCAAGUUAAACAGCAUCGUCCUAUAAAGUGCUAAAAAGGAAAGCGUAAAUGGGGAGAGAGAACGGGAUUUGCUUCCUUCCUUCCCAUGUAUGUCCUAGACUGUUAAAUUACUUAGGAAGGGUGGAGCAGGAAUAAAAUGGUGGGACACAGACUUUGCUCUUAAAUGAAGUAAAACAGAAUUGAAAGCCGCUGAAUUCCUGCGCGGCUGGGAGCCCCUCCCCCUUCCGCAGGCACUUCCGCCUGGCGCUUCCUGCUUUCACUCCGGUCCGCACGUUCCCUAUAAGACAGAACUGCUUUCCCUGGAAGCCGUCAGUUUGCUUUUCGGCAGCUGCUCUCUUCUUUGUCAACAUGUCUGGUCGCGGCAAAGGCGGGAAGGGCCUGGGCAAGGGCGGCGCCAAGCGCCACCGCAAAGUCCUGCGCGACAACAUCCAGGGCAUCACCAAGCCCGCCAUCCGCCGCCUGGCCCGGCGCGGCGGCGUCAAGCGCAUCUCCGGCCUCAUCUACGAGGAGACCCGCGGGGUGCUGAAGGUCUUCCUGGAGAACGUGAUCCGCGACGCCGUCACCUACACGGAGCACGCCAAGCGCAAGACCGUCACGGCCAUGGACGUGGUCUACGCGCUCAAGCGCCAGGGACGCACGCUCUACGGCUUCGGCGGCUGAGUCAGCCAGGGGUUUGCAUCGUCUUUUAUUUGCAUAAAGGCCCUUUUUAGGGCCACCACACGUUCUACAAAGGAGCUAAACCGGUUUCCAGUGUUAUUUUCCUUGCCCGGUAACCUACCUCUUAGGAAGCUUUGUGAAGAUUAAUUAACCCUUUCAAAGUAACGUUCCUCUGUCCUGGGGCACUGCAGCUCUACAGGAACUGGCGCUGCUUCAGGAAUCCCGCGGCCUCCCCACAACCACUGGGCUGUGUUUGGAGGUCCGAAAGGUUUUUGCAAUCGACAUUUAGGUGUGUACGCGCACACUCAGAUGCAGGCCUCGGUUUUAAGUUUUAUUUCGUCUGAGGCAGACUUUUCUGAAGUAGCAAUCAGAAUGACUGGGUUAAAGGAGACAUAACCUGGUCUCCCCUUAACAGGUAAUGCAUGACUGAAAAUUUGGGUUCUCCAAGUUGUUGCAAGGUAGAAUUAAAGAUGAUACCUGUAAAAUGAUUUGUGAAUUAAACAGCCCAUGGUAUGUACACAAUUUAAAGUAAUUGCAAGUA